GAUUCUAAGGUGGUGAACAGGGCGGAUAAGGUUUGUUAAUCCACCCUGUUCUCAACUCCAGAGGUACAAUCGUUGUGCCUCGCAUAUCCUGCUGCUGCCCGGCAGUAUGAACCAAUGGCCGGUGUACCCAGCGGAGCCAUUCGCAAAGCUAAAGGGCUCGGACGCGUGACAUUCUCACUGGUGCUCGGAAUUGUUCUGGGUGAGCAUAAUCGACAGCGGGUGGCUGCCGGGAGAUGCCGAAUUCUUCUCGAUCCUUUACAGGCCCUAUUGGAAAGUUUGUUCAAGCUUGAGCACGAAAUCGAGUGCCUUGGCGGGGUUGUCUCGAAGGGGGGAAGGUUGAGUAACUCAAGACUUCGCGGCCCUUAUUGAUUCGACAACUAUCCACAGGCGAGACUUGAAUAAAGUGGAAUUUCGAGGAUGCAAAUCUCGUUUACCGGAAGGCUCUUUUCUUCCAUUCAGGUCAUUAAGAGCUGGCGGCUAGAGCUGUGAGAAAAGGAAUGUCGAUCGGAGAUGCUGUUGGGGGUUUGAGACAACGAGAACCCUAAUUGACUACCAUAUUAAGGGAUAAAUCAUGAUUUGUGUCGGUUCCUAUGCACACGGUAGCUUAACAACUAGGCAAACUCAGCAUUCCUCUGUCGAUGGC